AUGCGAGAGCUAGUGAAAUUAGAAGGCACGUUGAUUGACGCCGCCAGAGGAAGACAAUUAUUGGCUGACGACCACCGAAACGCAGCAUUAGGCGUGCACGCAGCUGAUUUUGAUGUAAGCUGUCUCUCGCCGCAGUUCUUACUUAUUCUUUCUAUUUUGUCCAAUGUGGAGUCUUUAUCAAUUGAAAGCAUUUCGAAGACUCUGCAGGCAAAAUCUGAACAAAUCGAUGAGCUGCUAAACCAAGUCGUCAAACAAAUGCAACUUUUUUCUGUAUCUGUAUACACAGCUUCGGCAGAACGCUCAUUCAGCGCUUUAUGCCGAAUAAAAACAUAUUUGCGGGACCACAUGACGCAGAGGAGGCUAACACAUCUCACUCUGCACGUUCACAAGGAAAGGACCGCCAAGCUGAAUUUAGAAGACGUGAUCAAAGAAUUUGUCACCAGGGCUCCUGAGCGAACGGCCACUUUUGGUCUUUGA